UGACAGAACAAUUGAAAAGUUUCACAUUAUUGUAGUGCAUUCUUGGUUUUUCAUCUUUUCAAAAUUCAUAAAGUGAAUUUAAGAUUUGGAUUGUUAAUUCCAUAAAUGCAACCAGAAAAAGAUGAAAAAAAGGAACAUCAAUGUGCUGUAUGUAAAAUGCAAUUUCAUACAAAAAAGAACUUAGAUAGACAUCUGAGAACUCAUACUGGUGAGAAACCGCAUGAAUGCGAUAUUUGCAAAAGAAAAUUCUCCCAGUCUGGAAAUUUACUAAGUCACAAAAGAAUACAUUCGGAUGAAAGACCAUUCAUAUGUAACUACACAGACUGUGGAUACACUGCGAAAAGGAAAGAUACUUUGAUAACUCAUGUCAAGCUAGCACAUAAAGAAGCAAUCGUUUCUGAAGUUAUUAUUACUCCACCAAAAAAACCAAAGAAAGCAAAGGAAGUUCAUAAAUGUCAUAAAUGCGAUAAAAGUUUUGAAUGGUUAUCUACUUUGACAUUGCAUCUGACAUCUCAUGAAAAAAAACGACCAUGUUCAUGUGACAUUUGUAAGAAAACGUUCAAACAUAAAUAUCAGUUAAAUAGACACAUGAAGAAAGUACAUCCACAGGAAGAAACCGCAUCUUCUUCCAAACAAUGUACAGAAGAUACAUCGAAAAACAUUCAUUCGUCGGAAGAAGUAAAGGUGAAGCCAAAUUUGCAAUCUUCUACUCAAACUUUGCCUCAUGAAACAACAGUGGAUCAAAAUGUAUUAAGUGCUGCCGAAAUUCUUCUCCAAAUGAGAAGUAGAAGAUUGGAGGCAGAGGAAGAAAAUACUUCGGAUUUUGAAAACCAUCAACUUCAAAACAAUUAAAGAACAUUGAAUAACGAAGAUUACUUCAUUUAAUUUAAAAAAAAAAUUUAUCAGAGUCAAAUUGAAAAAUUUGUUGCUUUGGAAGUGAACGAAACAAUUUCUUCAAAAUUUAACAUUUAAGAUAAAUUUUAAAUUUGUAGAAUAUUUGAUAAUUAUUCGAACUAAAUAACAUUAAGUAAAGCAGCAAUUUGAUUUUUAAGAAAACAUUAUUAAACAUUGAGCUAAUUAUUGCUUCGAAAAUAAUAAAGCAAUAGUAACGUUUGUUUCCUAAAAAGAAUUAAAAUUGCAUGU